CCUCAGGAGCUUACACAAUUCUUACUUCUUUUCAUAAGAGGUUUUUACUGAUGCAAGGGAUUCUCCGAAAACAACACAAACCCUUCCUCUCCAUCCACCAGAGUAAGAAAACAAAAGGUAGAGAGGGAAAAACGUUCUCUCUCACUUGCUUGCACUAAUCCCUUUGUUGUGGAGUAUUGAGGGGCCAGGGCUCUUGGCUGACUGGCCAUCCCUGUGUAAUGGGGGCUAAUUCGGGUGAAGGGUGCCCAGCCAGCCCUCCUGCUGGCCAUCCUCCACUAGAUUAGGCGGGGCGGGUACAUUUUUAAGGCCUCCCUCAGCCCAAACACAUUCUCCCUCUCGUUGCUUCUAGCCUCGCUCUCUCUCUAACUCUCUUUCUCUGUCUGUCUUUCUCAAUCCUAUUUUCCCUGCCUGAUAAAACUUCUCUCUUUCUCUCUGUCUUUCUCGAACUCUUCGCUGCACUCUCUCCUUCUCUUUCAUUUCCUGUCCUCCUUGUCGUCUCUCCAUCCAGCCCUAAGUCAGUGGCAGGGGUCCCAGCAGGGAGAUGGGGGUCCCAGGUGGGACCAUGCGGUUCUGGAGCCAUGCUGUCCCCACAUUGCUCCUUCUACCCCUGUGUCUUCUGGGGAGGAUCGUGGAGGGCCAGGCCCCAGAACAGGGCAAGGAGAGGGGCUACCUGCAAGAGGCCAUCAGGGCUCUACAACUUGGGUCUCAGACCCAGCUCCAGAGGGACCAGACAGGGUUCCUACUCUCCACUGUCCUCCAGGCUGUGCACUGUGCAGAACGGAUUGAGGGAUCACAGGAGCUCUGUGACAAGUGCCUCACUCCAGACCUUGUCCUCUCUGUCCUGGAGGAUGAUAGGAAGGCUUACCUCACCGAGGAUGACUACCAUAGAGUCUCCACCGUUUUGCUCUACUACAUGAUCAACAUGGAACACCUGUGUGCCACCAACCCCUCCCCUUCCUCCCUUUCCUCCUCCUCCUUGUCACCUAGCUACCAGUACUACCUUCUGGCCCUGACCAACCUCCAACCUACAGAAGAAAGAGGCUUCCUCUCCUCCAAUGAGAUAGAGAGCAUUCUGCAGCUCAUCAACCAGAACUAUCAACCACCUGCUCCAGAGACAUCUGGCUCCUCCCAAUCACAGUGUAUCGAUGCCUCCCGUCUACUGGAUGAGUUGGGGAUCACAGAUAGCCAAGGUGCUGAUCCAUCCUUAGUGGCCACACUGUCUGCAGCCAUCAUCACCCACACCCUGCAGGGCCACUGUUUCAGCAAGAGGAACCUGCCCUCCCCUGCCUUCUUUACAGAUUACAUCUUCCAGUCCCUCAACCGCACCAGCAACCUACAUGUCAGGGAUUUGGAGGAGCUGCUGCACCAGCUUGGUGUGGGAGGUGGUGGUGGAGGGGCCUAUCACUCACACUGCAGAGAGAAGCGGAGCAUCACAGGCCCCUCCCAUAUAGGGUGUGUCCAUGAGCCUUUGGGGAUCAACACAGACUGGACACAGGUAUGCUACUCAGCCAAUCAGCUGGUGGAUAUUUUUGUUCUGGAUCCGCAUUUGCAUAUUUCCCGGGAUCACUUCAGACAAAUCUGCCCAGCUGUUAUCCAGCAGUUGCUAGGGAAUGCCUGUGAGUCCACAGAGCCAGCUACACGAGGAUCUCCACCCAGUGCCAUUGAGAAAUAUGGCUACAGUACGGCUGCUGUGUUACUCAUCACCGUGGGUUCCAUGUUGGGCAUCUGCCUGAUCUUCUUCAACUCCUGCCAGGAGACCUACGCCCUCAUCCUGCAGCUCUUUGUGGGCCUGGCCGUGGGAACCCUCUCAGGGGACGCCCUCCUGCACCUCAUACCACAGAUCCUUGGCCUCCAUGACGACAGUCACCAUUACGAUCAUCACUUUACUGAGGGAAAGGAAUAUCUGUGGAAGAUUUUGGGAAUCAUCGCUGGAAUCUACGGCUUUUUCCUCAUCGAAAGGAUCUUCUCCCUUGUGAUGCCAUCACAUGGCCAUGGUCACGGGGGCCUGGGCAAUUCCCAUGACCUCCCCCUGGAGCUCAACUGCAACGGCCAGUCACAGAGGGGCAUGUCUAUCUCAACCAUGCAGCUGGGAACUGUGGAGGACUUAGAAUGCACAGAAAUCCCAUCAGAGGAGGCUGAACCAAGAACCCCUACGCAUCAGACGAGACAGGGUAUUCCCGUACUGGCUGUGAUGGUAAUCGUGGGAGACAGCCUCCAUAACUUUGCUGACGGCCUGGUGGUGGGGGCGGCCUUCUCCUCGUCCACCGAGACAGGCAUGGCGACCACCGUGGCCAUCCUCUGCCAUGAAAUCCCUCAUGAAAUGGGUGACUUUGCGGUGUUGCUAAGUUCAGGUCUCUCUGUGAGGAAUGCAGUGAUGAUGAACCUCCUCAGUGCUCUGACGGCCUUCAUCGGCCUCUACAUCGGCCUCUUCGUCUCCUCGGAACCAGAGGUCCAGCAGUGGAUCUUCACCGUUACCGCAGGGAUCUUCCUCUACCUGUCUCUGGUAGAGAUGCUCCCAGAGAUGAGUCGUGUGAAGACCAACAGGCCCUGUAUCAUGUUCCUCCUGCAGAACCUUGGCCUCCUAAUGGGCUGGGCCUGUCUUCUGCUCCUUGCACUGUUUGAGCACAAACUUAAGUUUUGAUGACAGGACACACACACAUCCUACUAUGGUAUCUGCCAAGCAAAUGUGUAAUUGAUGGCAAUGUUGACGGUACUUUGUGGUCUUGCUUUUUUGUUGUCAUUUUGACAUCUUGUUUAUUGAUUACUGCAUUAUUUACUGACACACCAUAUGAAGACAGUGAACAGCACAUUUAAAAUGUCACAAGCAAGAAACAUUUCAUAAGUGACCGGAUAAUAGAGUGACGUGAAUAGUAGCAGUGACGAUGUGAAUCAAAUGUCAUUUUAGAUCCAGUGGUUACGCAUAAUGUGUUAGAGCUGGAUGAAUCCACUUUUGUAUGAAUCAGAUGCCUAAAUGUGAUCUUUAGGACAUGAACACAUCUUCUGUGUGAUGAUUUAUUUUUGUAUGACGUACUGUGUAACAUAGGGCACAUAGCUAGCUUGCAGUCUGUCUGUCACAUCUAUAUCUGGACAUGAUAGUGUCAGAUGUCUAGUCUACGGUGCCAGACGAGAUCUUUAUAUACAGAUACCUUGCUUGUAUGUGUAUAUUUGCCAUGAAAUACAGUGUCUUCAGAAAGUAUUCAGACCCCUUGACUUUUUCCACAUUUUGUUAGUUUACAGCCUUAUUCUAUAAUUUUGUCAGAUGUUACUAUGGAAUACUGAAGUAUAAUUACAAGUAUUUCAUACGUGUCAAAGGCUUUUAUUGACAAUUACAUGAAGUUGAUGCCAAGAGUCAAUAUUUGCAGUGUUGACCCUUCUUUUUCAAGACCUCUGCAAUCCGCUCUGGCAAGCUGUCAAUUAACUUCUAGGCCACAUCCUUACUGAUGGCAGCCCAUUCUUGCAUAAUCAAUGCUUGGAGUUUGUCAGAAUUUGUGGGGUUUUGUUUGUCCACCCGCCUCUUGAGGAUUGACCACAAGUUCUCAAUGGGAUUAAGGUCUGGGGAGUUUCCUGGCCAUGGAACCAAAAUAUCGAUGUUUUGUUCCCCAAGCCACUUAGUUAUCACUUUUGCCUUAUGGCAAGGUGCUCCAUCAUGCUGGAAAAGUCAUUGUUCGUCACCAAACUGUUCCUGGAUGGUUGGGAGAAGUUGCUCUCGGAGGAUGUUUUGGUACCAUUCCUUAUUCAUGGCUGUGUUCUUAGGCAAAAUGGUGAGUGAGCCCACUCCCUUGACUGAGAAGCAACCCCACACAUGAAUGGUCUCAGGAUGCUUUACUGUUGGUAUGACACAGGACUGAUGGUAGCGCUCACCUUGUCUUCUCCGGACAAGCUUUUUUCCGGAUGCCCCAAACAAUCGGAAAGGGGAUUCAUCAGAGAAAAUGACUUUACCCCAGUCCUCAGCAGUCCAAUCCCUGUACCUUUUGCAGAAUAUCAGUCUGUCCUUGAUGUUGUUCCUAGAGAGAAGUGGCUUCUUUGCUGCAAUUCUUGACACCAGGCCUUCCUCCAAAAGUCUUUGCCUCACUGUGCAUGCAGAUGCACUCACACCUGCCUGCUGCCAUUCCCGAGGAAGCUCUGUACUGGUGGUGCCCUGAUCCCGCAGCUGAAUCAACUUUAGGAGACGGUCCUGGCGCUUGCUGGACAUUCUUGGGCGCCCUGAAGCCUUCUUCACAACAAUUGAACCGCUCUCCUUGAAGUUCUUGAUGGUCCGAUAAAUGGUUGAUUUAGGUGUAAUCUUACUGGCAGCAAUAUUCUUGCCUGUGAAGCCCUUUUUGUGCAAAGCAAUGAUGAUAGCACGUGUUUCCUUGCCGGUAACCAUGUUUGACAGAGGAAGAACAAUGAUUCCAAGCACCACCUUCCUUUUGAAGCUUCCAGUCUGUUAUUCGAACUCAAUCAGUAUGACAGAGUGAUCUCCAGCCUUGUCCUCGUCAACACUCACACCUGUGUUAACGGGAGCAUCACUGACAUGAUGUCAGCUGGUCCUUUUGUGGCAGGGCUGAAAUGCAGUGGAAAUGUUUUUGGGGGGAUUCAGUUCAUUUGCAUGGCAAAGAGGGACUUUGCAAUUAAUUGCAAUUCAUCUGAUCACUCUUCAUAACAUUCAGGAGUAUAUGCAAAUUGCCAUCAUACAAACUGAGGCAGCAGACUGUGAAAAUUAAUAUUGUGUCAUUCUCAAAACUUUUGGCUACAACUGUACACACAAUACCCCAUAAUGACAAAGCGAAAUUGUGUUUUUAGACAUUUUAGCUCAUUUCAUUAACAAAAACUGAAAUAUGAUAUUUACAUAAGUAUUCAGACCCUUUACUCAGUACUAUGUUGAAGCACCUUUGGCAGUGAUUACAGCCUUGAAUAUUCUUGGGUAUGACGCUACAAGCUUGGCACAUCUGUAAUCCUGGCCAGUCUCUCAGUCCCUGCCGUUGAAAAACAUCCACCCAGCAUUGUUUCCUCCAGACGUGAUGCUUGGCAUUCAGGCGAAAGAGUUCAAUCUUGGUUUCAUAAUAGUCUGAGAGUCUUUAGGUGCCUGUUGGCAAACUCCAAGCGGGCUGUCACAUACCUUUUACUGAGAAGUGGCUUCCGUUUGGCCACUCUAUUUAACCUUUACUUAACUAAGCAAGUCAGUUACGAACAUAUUGUUAUUUACAAUGACGGCCUACACCGGCCAAACCCCAAUCCAGACGAUGCUGGGCCAAUUGUGUGCUGCCCUAUGGGUCUCCCAAUCACGGCCGGUUGUGAUACAGCCUAGAAUCGAACCAGGGUCUGUAGUGACGCCUCUAGCACUGAGAUACAGUGCCUUAGUACGCUGCACCACUCGGGAGCCCAAAGGCCUAAUUAGUGGAGUACUGCAGAGAUGGUUGUCCUUCUGGAAGGUUCUCCCAUCUCCAUAUAGGAACUCUAGAGUUGACUCUGUCAGAGUGACCACCUCCCUAAACACUUAAUGCAGAGGGCCUUGUGUUUGGCCCGGUGGCCAUCUCUAGGAAGAGUCUUGGUGGUUCCAAACUUCUUCCGUUUAAUAAUGAUGGAGGCCACUUUGUUUUUGGGGACCUUGAAUGCUGCAGAAAUGUUUUGGUACUUUUCCCCAGAUCUGUGAUCCGACACAAUCAUGUCUCGGAACUCUACAGCCAAUUCCUUCGACCUUAUAGCUUGGUUUUUGCUCUGACAUGGACUGUCAACUGUGGGACCUUGUAUAGACAGUUGUGUGCCUUUCCAAAUCAUCUCCACUCAAUUGAAUUUACCACAGGUGGACUCCAAUCAAGUUGUAGAAACAUCUCAAGGAUGAUCAAUGGAAACAGGAUGCACCUGAGCUCAAUUUCGAGACUCAUAGCAAAGGGUCUGUAUACUUGUGUAAAUAAGGUACUUCUGUUUUUUGCUUUUAAUAAAUGUACAAAAAUGUACAAAACCUG